CAGCGCGCCGGGACGCACGGGGUCGCCCCCACCUGCCCUCGUCCCGCGCCCCUCCCCCCGCGCCGGGGGCGCGCCCCCGUGCCCGCGGGCACGCGCGGCGGCGCUCGGGCGUGUGCGAGGCGUGAGGUGUGGAGAUGGGGGCGGAGGGAGCCGGAGCUGUCACAGGCCCCGCGUCCGCCUGAGCGAGCCAAGUGGGGUGUCAUGGCCGCGGGGGGCAGCGGCUGCACUUCCUCUGCGGGCGGCGGCGGCGGCGGCGGUGGCGGCGGCGGCUGGGGAGUUAGUCCUCGACGCACGGGUCGGUCCCGUUUCCCUCUGUGCGGCGGCCGGCGGGACCAUAAGGGCUUGACUCACAUAUUGAACCCCCCUCCAAAAAGAUUUGAAAGUAUUCUUGAAGGGCUGUUUGGACCUGCGUUAUUAAAAGAUCUCAGUUUAUUUAAAGAGUGUGAACCUGAAAGCAUUUCUGAUUGGGCUUUUGAUGAAAAUUGUCUGUUCUGUUGCUUGAGAAGAGAUAAAGUAAAGGGACAUUUAGUCGGUCUGGAUGAGCCAGCUUCCGGAGCUGGGCAAGAAGCUUUGCUUAAACAAGAGCACGCAAAAAUCAUUCGACUCCAGAGACAAGCAGAAGAGUUCCUCAAUGCAGUCUUUUAUAGAAAAGACAGUCCCUGGGUCUCCGACCCCAAUAUUCCCUUAGUGGCCCGUGAGAUCAUGCAGCGAAUGAUCCAACAAUUUGCUGCUGAAUAUACCUCAAAAAAUAGCUCUACUCAGGACCCCAGCCAGCCCAAUAGCACAAAGAACCAAAGCCUGCCGAAAGCAUCUCCAGUCACCACCUCUCCCACGGCUGCAACUACUCAGAACCCUGUGCUCAGCAAACUGCUCAUGGCUGACCAAGACUCACCUCUGGACCUUACUGUCAGAAAGUCUCAGUCAGAACCUAGUGAACAAGACGGUGUACUUGAUUUAUCUACUAAGAAAAGUCCAUGUGCUAGCAGCACUUCCCUGAGCCAUUCUCCAGGCUGCUCCAGCACUCAAGGGAACGGAGAGGAUUCAGCAGAGGCACCUGUAGUUGAUUCUAACCGUCAAUCAAAGUCUCCACUGGAGAAGUUUAUGGUCAAACUGUGCGCUCAUCAUCAGAAGCAAUUCAUCCGUGUCCUGAGUGACCUGUACACCGAAUCCCAGCCGGGUUCUGAGGGCCUGCAGCCUUUGGAUUCCACAGUGAUGGAUGCCUCCGCUUGCGAUUCAGGUUGUGCCCAGCUGAGCAGCAGAGAAAAUGAAAAGGAUGAUUGUCUUGAGGGGAGUUCUCCUGCCUCUGUAAAGUUGUUCUUAGACUCAUCUGGUUCUCCUAGCUCCCUGAAUGUGACUGAAGAAACCAUGAAGGAACCACCUCCUGAGACAGACUCUGUAGAUGGGAGAGACAAUGCCCUGAGCACUGUCCAGAAAGACCCCUCUGAACCCCCAGAUGCUCAACAGAACCCUAUAGGCUCUGCAGACAGUCCCACCAUGGGAUACAUCAGUACAUUGGACUCUUCCUCUCCUAACUCCCCCCACAGUUCUAAAAGCUUAGAGGGGCAAACCACUGGCCAGGAGCAAGACACAAACAUGAAACCCCGUGAGGAUGCUGAAGACAGUGCCCCAGUGUCAGUCCAAAGUGUGGCUACAGUGGAAGUGGCGGCUGAGAAUACUGAAGAGGGUGGUAGCUGUAUUGUUUCUCAAAGAAACUCAUUCAAAGCUUUAUCAGAAGAGACGUGGGACUCAGGGUUUAUGGGAAACUCAUCUAGUACUGCAGACAAAGAGAAUGCUUUACAGUGUAGCUCAAAAACAUCCUUAUACCAGGAUUUAGAGACAGAUGAGCAAGACGCAAGGCCAAAGCAAGAGAACCAUCUUCAUUCACUAGGUAGAAACAAGGUGAGUUUCCAGACAUAUCCCAGAGACAAGGGCCAUUUUGAUCAUUCCAAAGGUGGUUGGUUAGCUCCCAGCCCCACGCCAACUGUGCACAGAGCAUCCAAUGGUCACUCACAAACCAAGAUGAUGCCGGCCUCCAUCAAGACUGCUCGGAAAAGUAAGAGGGCAUCAGGGUUGAGGAUAAAUGAUUAUGACAACCAGUGUGAUGUUGUUUAUAUCAGCCAACCAAUAACAGAAUGCCACUUUGAGAAUCAGAGAUCCAUACUGUCUUCUCGGAAAACAGCCCGAAAGAGUACCCGGGGAUACUUUGUCAAUGGCGAUUGCUGUGAGCUGACAACUGUUCGCACGCUGGCCAGAAAUUUAUGCUCCCAAGAAAAAGGAAGCUGCUCACCAAUAGCAUCAGAGGCAGUGGUGACUCCCAAGAAGACUCUUUCAGUUCCCACUUCGAAGCACAUAGUAGGUGUGCAGCUUCCCACAGUAGAUGUGCAGCUUCCCACAGUAGGUGUACAGCUUCCUACAGCAGAUGUGCAGCUUCCCACAGUAGGUGUACAACUUCCUACAGCAGAUGUACAGCUUUCCUCAGUAGAUGCACAACUUCCUACAGCAGAUGUUCAGCUUCCCACAGUAGGUGUACAACUUCCUACAGCAGAUGUUCAGCUUCCCACAGUAGGUGUACAACUUCCUACAGCAGAUGUGCAGCUUGCCACAGUAGGUACACAACUUCCUACAGCAGAUGUACAGCUUCCCACCAGAGGUACACAACUUCCUACAAUAGAUGUCCAGCUUUCCUCAGUAGAUGAACAACUUCCUACAGCAGAUGUGCAGCUUCCCACAGUGGGUGCACAACUUCCUACAGCAGAUGUCCAGCUUCCCACAGUGGGUGCACAACUUCCUACAGCAGAUGUCCAGCUUCCCACAGUAGGUGCACAAUUUCCUACAGCAGAUGUGCAGCUUCCCACAGUGGGUGCACAACUUCCUACAGCAGAUGUCCAGCUUCCCACAGUGGGUACACAACUUCCUACAGCAGAUGUCCAGCUUCCCACAGUAGGUGCACAACUUCCUGCAGUGGAACAGGUUGUACAGCUUCCCACAGUGGACGUGCAGAUUUCCACAGUUGAUAUGCAGCUUCCCACAGUAGGUGAGCAGCUUCUAGAAGGAGAUACCUGUGACGAUCCUAAGAAAGAAAGAACCUCCCUUGAGGAAGCAGACGAAGACACAUCAGCGAAAGAGCAUCAGGAGCCAGAGGUUUGCCUCACCAUGAGCGAACAGAAUCCUAGCGGCGCCCCUAGGCCAGGAGAGACCACAGCCUCUAGCCCAGCAUGUCCGCUGCCUUCUCCCCUCCCUAAUGAAGCUAUGUCUGAUGUGCCAGAAGGCAGCAUGGUGGUCUCGCCUCCUACAGAAAGUGUACUGUCUUUGCAUGAACAGGACCAGCCACCAGACUCCCUGCUAGGUCCAGAGGAAAUGCAGGCACAGGAGUGCCACUUGGUCCUGACAGCUGGAAGCAUCCCCUUCACCUCCCGGGAGGACAGCGAAGAUCUCCUACGUAGACCUCAGUCUUCUCCUGAAACAGCCAUCAGAGAAGAGAGCUCUCCAUGCUCAGAAGAUGAGAGCUCCGCUGUGGCUUUAGAUCCUCCCCUUGGUCUAGAACUGUCUGAGCAUGACCAGAGCACCAGCACUGAGGCCGAGACCAGAGACAUCCCUGGGGAGACACUGUUGCUAGAUGACUCCCUGCCCCUGCUGGAGAGCAGCAUUGUCACUGAUGAGAACUCAGGGGAGAUGGAAGGAGGUGAGACGGCAAGUGGAACAGGACACCUGGAGGCGCGUGACAAUGAUACAAGAUACUCAGCGGAAAAUGAUCCCAGUGAGCCAAACUCCGACUCACCUGAAGAGAGUGUGGAUAAGAAGAAAAAGGCUAGAAAGCUCCCCGAGGCCUCUGAUAGGUGCCUAAGAAGUCAGCUUGUAGAUUCUUCUUCUACUGACAGGUACCCAGGAAGCCAGGGUUUGGAUUCAUCCACUGCUUGUUCCGAAAUCAAGGUUUCUAAAAACCCUGCUGUAAAGCAUUCUAAAAGAGAAGGGGACUCUGGUGGGAUGAUGUCCGAGGGCCUAGUGAGUGAUAGCAUCCGUACAGACAAUCUGGGGGACACUGAAGACCCUGGUGUCCGUGAGCAUUCCUCUGAUGAGGAGACCAAGCAGGAGGCUGAAGGAGUCGGUGUCAGUACAAGGCAGACUGUUAAAAACAUGCUGGCAAAGGAAGUUAAAAGGGAAGGAGGAGGGACUAACCCAAGCAAUGACUCGGCCACUGUUGGCCAGACAUUGCCCCAGGACAACCUGGAAACCCACGUCUGGCCCAAGAUAGAAGAGAGAGAUGCCCAUGUGCCCUCAGAAAGCAUUCCUUGCAAGAGGGACCCAGAGCAGGUAAAAGAGAACCCGGGACACAUUGUCAUACAGGAUGCAGAGGCCACUGAGGAUACCCACCAUAAAGAUGAUGCUGGCCCUGCUCCAUGUAGCUCAUCUGGGAUAUCAGCCAGUCAGAGUGGCGGUGCUGCUGGGCCACCAAAAUUGGUAACAAGGCCUAAGAGACUGCCUUCUUCUACCUACAACCUGAGACAUGCUCAUGGUGUGGUUGCCGUGGACACUACGAAAACGACUUCAGAAAAGCAAGUCACACAAGUAAACCCAGCACCAAAGGAAAGUGGAGCCUCUGAGAGUACCGAGCCCUUAGAUGAGGAGGAUGAGGACACGGUGGUGGAGGAGCAGCCCAAGUUCAUGGGAUGGUGUGCAGAGGAGGAGAACCAGGAGCUGAUCGCCAGCUUCAACGCCCACUACCUAAGAGUUCAGAAGGGCUGGAUCCAACUGGAAAAAGAAGCUCAGCCAACAGCAAGAGCGAAGAGCAAGUCUGACAGGCUGAAGGAGAUUUGGAAGAGCAAGAAGAGGUCUCGGAAGUGUAGAGGUUCGCUGGAGGUGCAAAAAUUUUCUCCUGUUCAGAUGCUGUUUAUGACAAACUUUAAGCUGUCUAACAUCUGUAAGUGGUUCUUAGAGACAACAGAAACUCGAUCUCUGGUCAUUGUGAAGAAACUAAAUACUCGUCUUCCAGGAGACGUCCCCCUUGUUAAACAUCCGCUUCAGAAGUACCCUCCUUCCCCCAUGUACCCUAGUUCACUACAGGCAGAACGCUUGAAAAAACACUUAAAGAAAUUCCCUGGAGCCAUUCCUGCUAGGAAUAAUUGGAAGACACAGAAGCUAUGGGCUAAACUACGAGAGAAUCCUGACCAAGGAGAGCCAGAGGCCAACAGUGACGUCAGCCUUGGCCCGAGCCGUGAAGAUAGUGUGGAGGAAGUCAGGGAAGGUAGACAUAGCCAUCCUCCCACCACCUUGCCUACUCCAGCCAGCACCCGGAUCCUUAGAAAGUAUUCCAAUAUUCGAGGAAAGCUCAGAGCACAGCGCCUGGACAGCUCACUGGGUGGGGCUUUUGAAAUGAAGCAGGGCCGCAAGAGCGUGUGCAUCAACCCGCUAAUGUCCCCAAAGCUCGCCCUCCAGGUGGGUGCAGAUGGGUUUCCUGUCAACCCCAAGAGAGCUGAAAGAAGCAAGGGGAGAAGAGGGAAGCAGAUGCCGGAAACUUUGCUUAAAAUGGAAGGUCAGAACAAGCGCAAAAGAGCAGAAGGCUCCGGUGCUCAAGACAAUAAGGACAAGGGGCCAGCAGCAAAAGCCAGCAGAGGCCUUUCUGCCAAGAAGCUAGCUGCAAAGGACAGAGCCAACCAGCUAUCCAAGAAGGUGACCUUGAAAGAGAAUAAAGUGAGAGUCUGUAGGAAGGGUCCUGGGAGGACCUGCUUAUCAUCCAGGAAGGACAAGGAGAGUGCAAGCAGAAGACCUGGCCAGCCCGCAGCAUCGGCCUCUGAAGCGCUGACAAAGCCCUCAAAACAAAGGGGCGCAAGAGAAGCCUCUUCAAAGCCGCCAAAAGCCAGGAGGAAAAACCGGAAGCUGAGCAGUGGUAGGGGCCGAGCCAGACCCUUGGCAAAAAGCCCAGAGAACCGGACUGCCCCGAGAAAAAGAAAGCUCAAGGCCAAACUGGACUCUUCCCAGGGCAAACGGAGGCGGUUAGAAGCCAAGUGAUAGCUGGAUAGCUAGUCACUGAGGAGUGGGCCCACGAAAGCAACCUUUCAUUUUGCAUUAACAGAAUCUGUUUUUAUAAGCUUCUCAAGCCUUUCACGGUGUAACGGGACGCCAGUUUGAGAUGCCAGAAAAUGCAUCUAAGCUGGGAACGGGAGUUUGAAGAGCUCUUCUCUGGGGCUAAGGGAAGCCGUACGUUAUUUUCUGGUUGUUCCUUGGGUUUUAAACUUGGAACCAAGCAGUUUUUGUUUUAAGAAGUACAGUGCCUUAUUUAUCCUUUUUGUUUAAAAAUUUACAAAAGCUAAGAAGCUGAUGUAUGUGACUAAAGGCUUGUAUUUUAUACUUGACGCACAAGCACUUGUUCUGUCACUGAGGAGGCCGCCGCCACACAUGCACGAGCGAGCGAAUGAGGAGCCGUCAGCAGCUGCCUGUGCGCCCCUAGACAGGUGCACCUUGCAGACCGCAGCACAACUCCCUCUCUGUCUUGUUUGGUUUUUAUUUGAUUGAUAUUUGAAAGCUGAACCAAAUCAUUUCUAUGGUAUGUGGAGAAUGCAGGGGAUUUAUAAUUAUUAUAAAAGAUUAAUAUUUCUGUUACCUUUCUUCCAAAAUUCAUAUUGUUGAUCACCCCUUCAUCUUUUUCUUUUUAAAUCAUUUCAGAUCAUGUUCUCAAAUUUGUGUGCCCAUGGGACAAAGAUGUGCUACACUUUCUUUUGUUGUUGUUUUGUUUUGUUUUGUUUUUUGCCCUAAACUAUGUUACUACUAACAUGCCAGUCAUUUGGCCAUUAAGAUGAGUGACUCUUGUUUUCAUUCUCACACAAAGUACUUCCCUGCGGAUCGGAAGUGGAGAUGUUCUUUCCGGCAGUGGAAAAGCUUAGCCGUGUGCAUGUGCAUCUUACGUGCACAAGGUUGCUACCUACAAGUGUCUCCUGGUCCUAGUUUCACAGUAAAGUCCCUCCCUCCCCACUACGCAGUGUAUCUGUGAGCUGAGUAGUUAGUGAUGGCCGGAAUGUUUGAAGUAAUUCAGAGUCUCUGUGCAUUUCUAAUCCAACUUCCACAUCAGAUUUGGGAAAGGUGUGAGCGUGGCCCUGAAAGACCAGGCAGCUGAAGGAAGCUGCCCAGAAUCUUAGUGGAGCUACAUCCCCCCCCCCCCCACACACACACACACAGAUGAGUGCAGUUCAAUGGCACUCUCUGAUUCGCGUGUCUUUGCCUGGAGUAGGUGUCUUUUCAAAUUGAUAGUUCCAUUCUUGUGGCUAAACACUUGCAGAGUCGCCCCUCCCCAACCAUGUCAUUCUGUCCCAUGGCUCAGAAAUGAGAACCGCAAUAAUUGAAAGUGAUGUUUGCCUUUCCGUGGUGGAGCCUGACACGGCCCCAUUGGCUUUACUUGGUGCCUACAACAUUGCUCCAUUGUAACAGUGUGUACUUGACAUUUCCACUGGGCCAGUCAGCAAACCCUGGGUUGCCAAAGCUGACGGAGGCUUUGACAUGUUCUGUCACCAGAAUAGGCUUGGACAGCUGCUGCCCUGUCCUUCUGAUUAAGUUUCUACUUAGGUUGUUUCAGAUCUUUUUAGAUCAACCCAGAUGGGCUUCUUUUAUAUGCAAAUCAUGAUAAAACAGGCCUUCUACCUAUUUUGCUAUUGUUAAAGGUUUGCUGCAGAUAAUGGAAACUUCUGAUAAUUUGAUAGGACUGGAGCAUUUGAUUCAUGAGAAGUUGAAAAUUGUGUUGAAUUUCACAGAUAAUGAAAGUCAUCAGUUUUGUUUUGUUUUGUUUUGUUUUUGUCACCUCUGUCCCAUGAGCCUCCUAGCCCUUUCCCCAUUCCCUGUUUUGUUGUUUUUGGUUUUGGUUUUGGUUUAUUAUCUUUGACCUUGACCAUUCACAAGCUACCUAUGGUAAUGAGACUGCUGAGUAUAUGCCAGCAGCUCUCUCUCAGCAUUAGGUUGCACAGAAGCAUUAGUAUGUUUUGAAUAGGUUCAUUUAAUCUUAAAAGAUGGUUUUAAGGCUUAGAAGAACUUUUGCUAUAGUUGUCACUGGAUAUUGUUGUUGUAGUGACUUAAGCAGCUGAGGCUUGCUCAUGUCAGGUGUGCCGAUGCCUGUAUAUAUGAGGAUCCCUUGGCUACCUGCAGAUUUCCUUGUAAGGUGCUUGGGUUGGGUUAGGGGGAGGAGUGAGUGGUAAGUCGGUGGAAUGCUUCCAGCUCCCACCAGUUUGUAUCUCAUUCCAUUACUUUUCUGAUGGUGUUUUCAAUUUUAAAAGUUCACUUCGAGAUAGGCUGCACUUGAAGAAGCUCUGUGGAAAUGUUUAUUAGGCAACCACCUAAUGAUGACAUAAGCAUCUUGAAAAGCAACUUAUACUUGAUAAUAGUAAAUGCAUUUAUUUAUAGUUAUACAGUCCACAAAAUUAGCACAUUCAAGUUAAGUAAUCUCGUUUUUGCUGAUAUGUUUAGUUAAUAGAAGAAAGGAAACAAAAGCAAAACUUGAUGAUAGCUCUAGGCCUUUCUAUGCCCAGAGCAUGCUGGGAUAUCAUCCCUCGGCAUCUUCAGGUCUGAACUUGACUGCAGCCUCUUUGUUUUCCUCCCUUCCUGUAGCCAUUUUCCAGUAUGACUUGCCACCAUAUGCAGUGCACUCUGUCCCACAGUUUUGAUGCUAAAUCUGAAAGGCAUUCUGCUUCUGGCCCUCCCUACACUCAGUAAAGUGGCUGUUACAGGCUGGAGCUGGAAUUGAUGCCAGAGGACUGGUUUCCCAUGUUCAGGAGCUGGAAGAUGCCCCCAGAAGCUAUUGGAGAAGCUCUGUGUAGCUUCCCUAGAGCACAGCCUUCUUUGGGAGAUCCAUUUUCUUAUUGGGCUCCCUGGGAUGGGCCUGCUGUCUUGAUGAGGGUUCAGAGUUUCAUUCUGACACUUCUUCGGAUGUGUUACAGUCUUUCAGUGCAUUGGGAAGACCCCAAACCUUUCUCUGUUCUAGGAGCUUCCUGCAUAGGAAUAUUACCUGAGGCUAUUGAUCCACAGUUGCUAGUCCCUGGAAUUCCCUGGUUCUUACUGGUUUUGAAGAUCUUCCACUGUUCUUUCUAAACCACACUUGAGCUGUGGGGUUUGCACCUCACCAUUCUGUAAUGGCUUAGAGAGAAGAGUUCUUCAUCCCUUCCCAGGGACCCAGUGUGUCACCCAGCACAGGUGAAUUUCUCACCACGCACCUAAGUCAUCAGCAAGUAUCACUGCAAGACAGAUGCUGUAAGCCAAGAUUUGGCCUGUUUCCAGCCUUGUGAUGGCCUCUGUAGUGAGGGCACAGCUACCACUCAUUGAUUAGUAGACCUAAGAGUGCUAUAUGAUGCAAACCAGAGAUGCCUCAGUGUUGCCAUCAGCAAGUCUAUGCGUGCCACAAUACCAGGAACAGACUGGAUAAUCCAAGAAGCUUCCCAGUAGCCAGGGAGCUAUCUCCAUCCCUUUGGUUUCAGAUCAGCCAGCUCAGGCCUCCUCUUAACUUAACCGAGCAGUCAAGCAUGCAAACUGGGCUGGCGACUCCUGUAUAAACUAAGUUUUGUCCGCACAUAACCAUGCCUUUUUGCUUCCUGAUUGUCUAUGAAGUAGACUAAAUAAUUGGAGAAGUGGCCAUGAAGCCCACAAAGUCUAAAAUAACUAAAUUUACAUCUUUGAAGAAACCUGCUGACCCCUGCUUGAGAAAAUAACCACUUUUAGGGAUGAAUCUUCUCCUGCCUCCCAUCUCGGUUCUGUCCUACGCACACAUUUGUGUGCUCUUACUAUAAGAGAGGCAUGUCAUUGAGACAGCUCCCAAGUAAGCUCUGAACAAGGUGCAUCUCCUUUUAAAUCCUUUACUCCAGGCACACCAUGAGGGCACCACAGCCUGCAGACCAGAUCCCCAAGCACAGUAUCUUUGGAUUUCUAAAAUUCCGUGGCCUGACCCCUGUCCCACUCCCAUAGUUUGUAAUCAUAGAACUGCCUCUGGCUUUACUUGUUUACUAAAAUAAGCCAAGACUGUCUCUGAUGAGAUUAGCCGGGGUGCUUCCUGUGGACAUUUAGUUGUGGGGAAGUCAGACAGCAUGGAAACAAAAGUCUAACGACAUGCAAAGCGCUGUUCAUCAUGUGUCACCGUUGAUCUGUUUCCAAUCACAUUUGCAAAGUAAUUUUUUUAAAGGCAAGCUAACAAUAAAGUGGUAGGUUUUGAACUGCUAUAGAAAAGAAUGAAAAAAUGUUUAACCUGAGUAUGACUAGGGAGUUAAUCUGUAUAUCACACUUAGUCAGCUUCCAGGAUGUGAGUCCUCCCCCAACCCCAAACUCAAAUACAAGUUUUUAUUCUGCAUUCCAGAAUGAGGUUGAGUGUCGUGUCAAAAAAUUUUCAAAAUGGGGACCUUGUCCCCUAAUUAGUGGACAGUGCUAAAGACUGAACUCUGGGAGUAAGCAAGGCAGACAUUCUACCACUGAACUGUGUCCCCUACCCAAAUUAUUUUGAGUUCUUACCUAUUGCUCUAUAUCUUCUAAUGGCUGGUUAUCCACUGAAAUGUUGGAAUGCCUAAAAUAUGAAGUGUCUAUACCCAAAACAGUCCUCGCAUCCACACAGCAGGUACUUCUACCUACAUCCUUCAAGGAAAAGAUAUUUUUUAAAAAAAAACUUAACACAGCAGAGCUAGGGAACUAGCCUUUUGACACUACUUUCAAAAUAAUUCCAGUCUUGAAAAUUCUGAAGAGUCCUGUCAUGUACAAGUGAUGCAUUGCAGGGGUGGUCAGCUUGUAGCACCCUACUGUUCUGCACCCAGGGGACCACCGAUGACAGUGUGCAAGGCUGUCCUCACGCAUGCUUUUGUCUUUGGGUUUGAGUCAGUGUCGGACAGUUCCUGGCGUUACCUUCUCCCCACCUAAUUGUCCUUUCCCAGGCUUUUCGUGUGUUGGCCUCAGCCUGUCAUCUGGCCUGCAGAUUGGCAGCAGCACAGGCACGUGACAAGGAGACCCUCAAGUUUUCACACCCGAUAGGCCCAUCCUGUCUGAUAGGGGUGCAGUUGUAAGCCCCUGAAAGCGUAGACCACCUGCCUGAAACAGCGGCCCAGUGCCCGUGGUAUGAGAAUACACCAGAGGUUGGACGCAUGGGUUUUCACUAUUUGAACUGGAUAAGCAGAAGUAACAGAACCACUGACAGACAGUGGUCCACAACUGCCUAGAAUACUCACUGCCUGACCUUCUAGGUCACUGUACUGAUCUUUGCAAAAGCCAUUAUGAAACUGUGUGGGCAGUUAGGCAUACUUUUUUUCCACCUAGGCCACCAUUGCAACAGUCCUGGGUUUGUGGCAUCUUGCAUGUCUGUCUCAGCACACAGUAGCCAUUGUACAUCAUUCCUGAUAGUGCUUGCAAGGAAGAAAAAGUUUGUCUUUGCUCAUUAGAUACUUGCUGAAGAGUUGUGGAUAUACCGUAUCGGCUAGGGUAAAGUUUCAAGUAUAGUUUUGUAACCUAAGAGUGCAAUCGAUCAUUGUUCUUACACAUCACCAUGAGUGAACUUGACUGAUAGAGACAUUCCACCAGCGGUGUUUAACAGACACAUGCUGAUCUCCGGUGAUGGAGCAGCCUCCAGCAGUGCCUCUCACAAAGCGCAGGAACUAGUACUGUUCACACUGAUAGCCCUCCAUUCUCUCCUGUAUGUACGAUGUGUGCGGGUUUACAGUUCUCAAGUUUGGUCAGUAUCUGUGGAAAGAAGUGACUGGCCUUUGUGUGUUUGAACCCUGAGUCCAGGCCAUGCUUUUUACACGAAGAGCAUCUUGUCCGUGCACCAGCAGCUUUAGGCCCAGCAAGUCCAAGGCCCUCUAGCCUGCCAGGGAAGCCCAGGCUUGUUCAGGCCUGAAGCAGCUCCUCUUCUGGGGAGCCAUUCUUGGCACAUUGCCUUUCUUCUCCCCUCCUGCCUAUGCCACUGGCCCCCUUCCAGGUGGCGUCUUCUCUGGGACCCUCACCCCCACCCCCAAAGUGCUUCGCUGAACAUAUCAUAUGAGAAGAAUUUCUCUCCUCAUUACUAGAUUCUCAGUGUUUAGUGAACCAGGUCUGAAUUCAUUGCUUACUGUUUCUCCACUCCAGUUGGUACCAUAAUGUACAUCUCAUGUUGUGUUGUAGUUAGAGCUGUAUGUUGUGCUUGGAAGCAUUUGUGGUAAAGAUACUACACAAAUAAGAUUUGCAUAAUUUUGUAUAUUUAUGCCACAAGUAGGGGGUACCGCUAGAGCCACUGUAUCUUAGGGUAAUUAAUUUCACUUGUGGCUGCUUCUGCAUUCUUAGUAGUUCUAGGAGAUUGUAUUAGUGAUUGAUUUCAGAUAUAUAGAGUACCUAUUUAUACACACCACUGUGGAGUUUAUUUUACUGUGUAAAUAGUGGUAUUUUCCUGUUCAAAUGCUUCUAUACAAAGUAUUUAUUUUAACAAAAGUAGCUAAUUGUCAAAAGGGCUUUCCAAAAACUAUUCUUGCCAUCUCUUCUCCCAGCUCCCAUGCUCAGCUAUCAAAUGCCUAAACAUCACAGUAAAGGCGGGAGGCUGUAACCUUAGAACCCUUACUGCACUUGGGCAGACAGAAUAUGGAUUGGGAACCUUAAUGCUGCUCCGGAUGCUCCAUUCCUGACCAAAGUGGAGCUUGAGGGGGUGUGGCUUUGCCCAGCCUAGCAUCCUGGCAUCCCCCAUAGCCACUUACCUAUGCACCAUUGAUAUAUUCAACCGUUUUCUUCCAUGGUCUGUACAUGGAAGUGACCUUGGUUGUAGUCCUGUGGCAAGCAGCCGUAUGCCUGUGCAAUGAGGAGAAGCCAUGGUGGUUGCCAGUGGGAGCUGCUCACCUGGCUCUCAGGAUUUAUUUACACACCCAGAGGAGACACACCUGACACCUUCUGCAUAUUGACAAAACUUGGGAACAUCUUGGCUUUCCUCCUCUCCCCUUCUUAUCAAGCAUCUGUGCAGAUGUGGCCCCUCCCACCCAUCUGUAACCCAUGGUUCUAAAAUGCAUUCAGCUUUGCUUCUGAGGAGUCCUGGUCUGCAAUCCAGAACAGCCUUGAUGUCAUGAAACCAGUACUCUAUGGUCAUGCAUGGCCCCCUUUUCCUGUGCUUCAUCCAUGGGCACCCCCCAUCUGUCACUAUGUCACUCUGCUGGGGUGGCUGGGUUGGCCUGCAGCUCCAGGACUCUAUUUGCAGUCCAGGUAUGUAGGGAUUACUGUCAUCUAUUUGAACUGUAGUUUGCAUAUUUCCUUAUGGCCUCCCUUUGUCUUUUCUGGACAAGGAAGACACGUGAAUGGUGAUGCUGGAGAUUGGUUUCUAGGAUGCUGUUUGUAAGCAAAUCUGAUACUGAGAUGAAAUGUGAAUGGGUAACUAGGAGCCAGGGAACUUAGCACUGAACUAGACAGCCAAGACUUUCUUUCACCUUUGCAGAAAGUAGAUUCUGUUCUCAUCUAGAUGUUCACAAGAUGUAAUGCUGUAAAUAGUUUUCUAAAAAAUAUUUAUUACAUGUUCUGUAUACAAACUCAUAUUCUGAGUGAUGUUGGUUUGCAUUGUAUUGUAGAAGAUUAUAUUUUGAAUAGUGGACUUCUUUCAUAACACAGUUCACUCAUGGAGAAAGAAACAAAACCAGCAGGUUGAGAGCUGCUUGGGGCAUUUGCUCUGUAAUGGACCACCCAAUCCAAGCUUUAACCGCCCCCUCUUCUCCCCUGGUUGUGUUACAUAUAUAUAUAUACAGGUGUACAGUGCAGGUCAGUGCUUGGGUCUGCAGAGCAGAUUUCCAGGCAUCCCUUCUGAUGUGUUCCCAUAGCAAUAUGACCCCAGGUGCUGACCAGUCCUGUUGUCUCAGAGGAUCGGGUUGGGGGACAGCUCUUGCCAUGCCUCUUGCCUUUCCUAAGAGGCUGCUUUACUUGAAUCGAUGCUUCUGUUUCUUCUGCAUGCUCCCAUGUCACAAAACUAUAGCAGCGUGUGGGAACUCUCCCAACACCAGACACAUCAAAAGUGGACAUGCCAGUCAAAGGUUAGUGAUCUCCCAGGAAUUUUACUUUCCAGAACAGAUGAGGCAAAGCUCAAUUGGCCAUAGAAUAAAUGUAAGGAAUUUUUACCAGAGAAACAUAUGUGGCCUAUUAUAUUCCCCCCCACCCCACCCCCCCACACCCGCUCUGUCUGACUCAUCUUUGGAAGCCAGCCUAUGUCCUGCCUUUUGCCUCUAUGCCUAGACUCGAGAUGUCCAUGACCUGUAGAGUCUGGCUAGGUCCUUAAUGUGCCCAACUCUUGUUGAGCAGCCUUUCCUUGUGACCGUCCUAAGCUUAACGAAAAGGAAUACCCCACACCUAGAUACCCAUUGUUAGAAGUGACGUAGUUUUUUAGACUUUUGGAAUAUGUCUUUUUUUGUAUUUCUGAUGGUGUUUGGGAUUUUUCACUAGUGUUUUUUAGAUUGAAGCGGGUGCAUUAAGGUAAACUUUCCACUGCUGGGCCCAAAAGCGUACAGAGGAGAGAACGUGCCCUGCACUGUGGUGCUGGGGAGGUGACUACUUACGGUGAGGGGGGGGGGGGGGGGGGGGGGGGUUCUUGUAGAAUGAGAUGGGGUUGAAAUAGAAAUUCUGGCCAGAAGUUUCCUGAGUCUUUGAUAUUUUGUAAUGAAAUCCCCCACAUUAACCUUGCUUAAUCUCAAUGUAAGCCUGCUGUUUACCCUCAGGGAACAAGUGGUUUUCAAAAUUGAGCUCCUCCAAGGCCCUGGGCCAGUGCCUGUGUGCGCUGGUCCUCUCUGUGAUCUCAUGGCAUUAUUUUCCCGUAUGCAUUAUGAUAGUUAGAAGUUCAGCCCCACCCUGUAUGAAAAGCACAGCCCGGUGCCCUGAUUUGAGGGGCCUGGGGGGGGGUCCUAGGAGGUCCAUGCAAUCUAACUGAACUCAGGUGUGCAUUGGAUUCUGCUUCUAUUAGGCCACAACCCUUCAGAAUGAGUUUAGGGCAGGGGCUACGGAUCCGGCUCCAGAUUCAGGGAGCUGAGUCUCCACCAUUCCUUAAGUUCUUACUGGUCCCUUCUGGUGGUGUUGCCAAGGUCAAUCUUGUAGGUGUUUGGAUGUGCUCCUUUUUGCUGUCUUGUGAGUCGUAGCCAGUGCUCCAGAUGCCCAAGGGUGGGGCCUCUGGAGGGUCCAGCCCUCCCUGUCCCCAGCACCUUUCAGACAAGCGAAGUGAGAAGGCUCUGCAAAUGGCCACCUGGCCGGACAGCACAUGCCUCUUGGGCCUGGAUUCCACUGUUAGUGAGUGUAGGAAAAUACUGUGUUUUUAAUGGAUGAAAAUUCAAUGUAUGCUGUGAAUUUGUUGGUUUGAAACAUUGAAAAUUUUUCAUUAGACAAUGUUUACAUACCUCACCUGAAGAACCUUUGAGAGUGUAUAUAUGAAAUUUAAAAAUAUAUUAAGUUGCUUUAAAACAGUAUGUAUAGCUAUAAAAGUUGGAGUUAUUUUAACUUUGAGUAUGUACCGAGUCUCUUAAAUAUUGAAAUCUCGUAGAGUUUCUGGCUUCUGUGUUUUGCUUUUCCUGUUGGACCACAUAGAUAACUGUUUUUGUUCUUGAUAAAGGGGGCCCACACCGAAGUCCAGGCUUGGAAGAUUUUCUGGUUUGGUUUUGAGGGGAUGGGUGUGGAGCUAGAGGGCGUGUGGGAGGGAUCUCUCUAACAUUGACAUCUGUUCUGUGAGCUUUUCCAAGGCGCUUAUUUUAUUGCAGCAUAUUAAAGUUCUUUGAUAUUAAA